AGAGCUCAGCGUGGGGACGUUUGUGAGGAGGGGGCUGAAAAGACUUCCUCUGUCUUUCUGAGUUUCUUUCUUCGCUAACGGAGCAGCUGGGGUGGAGAACAUUUGGAGACAAACGUUCAAAUGCUAAUCGUUGAUCUGUGGCUAACAAGGACCAGGACCCUGACAUAAAAGCCAGAUUUUUUUCUUUGACCUUCAAACGUGGACACUUUUAUAUUUUCCCUGUUGGAUUUACCUUGGAUUAACUUGUGGGGCAGCUGGAAAACUAAAUUUCAUUUGGAUUGAGUGGGUUCCUCUGGACAGAAACAUGAUUUAACAGCUGUGUGGCUUCCUGUGAGAGCCGGACAACAAGAGCGACUGACAACAGGCCAAAUCUGACAGACGUUAGAGUGUAGUGACAGCAGUCGUGACCUUUCAUUCAAAACAGGAAGGGAUGUCACGGCCUCCUUCAUCUCAGACCACUCCUCAGUUCUACAGAGUCAGUGACAGAGAUCUGACCGAGAUUGAGCUCCAUUCUGUGGACUCCAUCAACGAUCUGCACCGAACCCACGCUGAGCACAGCCACAAAGGGGUGAAGCCUCCUCCUCGCCCGGCAUACACGCCGUCCCUGAACGGCAACCUGUACACACGUGACGGAGCAGCUGCCAAUCACAGAGGUCAUCCACUCAGCAGCAAACUGCAAGGCCAUCUGCAGGACCUGAUGAGGCCAGGUUCAUCUCGAGCCUACGCCAUGACCUGCGCUGGUAUUACAGUACUCCUGAUGACGGUGCUGCUCGUAUUCUACUUCUUAGUCCAGCAGGGCGGGGCCAUCCGGAUGCUGACCGAAGCAGUCAGGGAAAAGGAGGCUGCAGCCGCCCAGCUGACCCUGCUGAUCCAAGAACUGCAGGCGCUGAGGCUGAACCUGACAGCCAGGAGAGGCGGGACAUGAGGAGCGCACGCACAGGCCAUGCAACGCUGUGUGGCCUCACAUACGCUUGUUUCAGGGCCGGAGGGACAGCCGCAAAAGUGAAUGCAAUUUGGAUUAAACGCUGCUGGCAGAGUUACACUUCUCACAUAUGUGCUUUAUUACAGUACUCUACGAAACGUAUGUUCAAUAAAAGUAUCUUCAGCACACAGGCACUCAUUCAGAAGUAUCUAAACCAGGGAUCAACGACCUUUUUGAGGACACAGGACAUUUUACGAGGUCUGAGGAGUACAAAGGGUUACAGGACUUGUUUCCUCCAAAGUUUCCAAAAAACAAAACCACAAUCUAUUAAAGUAGUAAUGAUUAUAAUAAUCAGCAGUAGUUAAUUUAAGACCAUGAAUUGAUUGCUCACAAUAGUAAUAAUAUUUAAACUAGAGUUUUUUGAAAAUGAAUUUUUCUACAAUAAACACACAUUUAGUCUAAAAGCAUGAAUACAAACAAGCAGUUUCUGGGACUAUAAUGUCAAAUUUUAGCAGCAAGAAUCUCAAAAUGUUCAUCUUGUGUUUGUGAAUGAACAUUUAGAGCUUUUUGUCUCUCUGUAAGUAACAUUUCAUUGCGCGAAAAAGAAGACGGCAGCUGUGAAAACAUCACCAUAGCCUGUUGAUGUAAAUGCAGCAAACAACAGACACAAAAAUAAAAGCAGACUCACCACCCGGAGCGAAAGCCUGAAACAUGGGAGGGCACUGAUUGUGACACCAGGAUUAUUGUCAUGAAAAUGUUAAACAUAAUUUCAAAGUAAAAGGUUUUCUUUUUAAAGCA